AUGUCUGCGAAGCCGCCAAGUGCCGCUGCUGCAGCCGCCGCCGCCGCUGCUGCUGCAGCGCUUGGCGCGGGCGCGUCAGUGGAAGGCCUCCCCGCGUCCCCCGCCGGAUCCCCCCCAGCUGCUCCCGCCACGUCUCCCGCUGCAAAAAACAAAACACCUCCACCACCACCACCACCACUAGCAGCAACACCAGCAACAGCAGCAGCAGCACCCGCAGCAGCAGCGGCAGCACCAGCAGCAGCAGCAGGGAAUAAAUCUGGAGGUGGGGGUGCAGCAGUAGCAGGAACCGGCGGUGGUGGUUCCCCUCCAUCGGCUUCCGCCCCUACUGCCACAUCUCCUGCUGCCGCAGCUGCCGAGCCCAUGGCCGUUACUGAUCCUUCCCCUGCUGCAACCACUGCGCCCACUGCUGGCGCUGGCGCUGGCGCUGGUGGUGGUGGUGGUGCUGCUGGUGCUUCUGCUGCGGCUGGUGUUGGUGCUGCGGCCAGUGCUCCUACCGGUGCCAUGGCCGUGCUCUCCCCAUCCACGUCAGCGUGCACGAAGCCUGCCACGUCAUCAUCGCUGUCAUCAGCACAGCAGGCGCCGUCGGAGGGGAGGAAGAUAUCCUGCGAGGACAUUCAGCUGGUGCAGAACCUGAUUGAGCGGUGCUUACAGCUGUACAUGAGUCAGAGGGAGGUGGUGUCCACCCUGCAGUACCAGGCCAAGAUCGAACCCGGCUUCACCAAACUCGUGUGGCAGAAGCUAGACGAGCAAAACCCGGACUUCUUCCGCUCCUACCACAUGCGCCUGCGCCUCAAGGACCAGAUUCACCAGUUCAACCUCACCGCUCUUCUGCAAUUGUGGCAGAAGCUGGAGGAGCAGAACCCGGACUUUUUCCGCUUGUACCACAUGCGGCUGCGCCUGAAGGACCAGAUUCACCAGUUCAACGCCCUGCUUGAACAGCACACUCCACCCUGUUACCUACCCGUUUUCUCCAUCUCUCUCCACCCCUCUCCACCCCUCUCCACCGCAGUGUGGCAGAAGCUAGAAGAACAAAAUCCCGACUUCUUCCGUUCCUACCACAUGCGGCUGCGCCUCAAGGACCAGAUCCACCAGCUCAACGCCCUGCUUGAACAGCACACUCCACCCUGUUACCAUCCCUUGUUCUCCAUCCAUCUCCACCCCUCUCCACCCCUCUCCACCGCAGUGUGGCAGAAGCUAGAAGAGCAGAACCCCGACUUUUUCCGCUCGUACCACAUGCGGCUGCGCCUAAAGGACCAGAUCCACCAGUUCAACGCCCUGCUUGAACAGCACGCCCACGCCGUGCGCACCCAGCGCCUCCACCGCUCCGCAUCGCACUCCACCCCUGGGGCGGCAGCUUCUGCGGCUGCUACAGCUGGGGCGGCAGCGUCUGGUGCUUCUGCUUCUGCUUCUGCUGCUGCUGCUGCUACAGGCGCUGCUGCUGCUACAGGCGCUGCUGCUGGCACUGGUGCCACGGGUGCCGCUGCUGGUGGUGCAACUGCCGUGAGUGUGGGAGGAGAGGAGAGUGAGGGUGGAGAGGAAGUGUGGGGUGGAAAAGAGUGUGGUUGGGAGGGGUCUGAGGUGGAGUUCUACCCCACACCCUUCACCCACCCCGCCCUUGCCCACCCGCUUGAUUGUCACAUCCCCCCUUUCCCCCAUUCUCCCAUCCGCCCUUCCCCCCAACAGUGCACGGCGCAGCUCCCCCUUUCAUGCACCCUCCAUAAAAAACCUCCCCCCCUCUUUCCUCCGUUUCCCACCCCCCCAUCAGUGCACGGCGCAGCGCCUCCUUUCAUGCACCCUCACGCAGCCGCCGCCGCCGCCGCAGCAGCAGCAGGGCACCACCCCCACCACCCGCACCACCCCCCCCACAUGCUCCACCACCCCUACUCCAUGCUUUCCCCGGGCCAGCAUCCCCCCCACAUGCCCCCCCACGUCCCCCCAGGCGCGCCCAUGCCUCCCCCCAUGAUGCCUGCAGGGAGAUUCGAUUCAAAAGGGGAGACUGGGGCAGCAGGGGGCGCGGGGGCUGCAAGGGCAGAUGGGGGGGAGUUGGGUGCAGAUGGUGCAGGCGCAGGGGGGGGAGAGGCUGUGGAGAUGGGGGGUUUCGCGGAAGGAGGGGUGGGGAUGGGGGGAGAGGAUGGAAUGGGGGGCAUGGGGGGAAUGGGGGGAAUGGGGACGGGGGGGAUGUUGAAGCUAGAGCCAGUGGAGGGGAUGGAAGGGGUAGAUGGGGGGAAUUUGGAUUUAGACGUGGGGAUGGAGGAGGGGGGUGGAGAGGAGGCGUUGGGAGUAGGGGCAGGAGGAGGAGGAGGAGGAGGGGGAGAAAGAGGGGGAGGAGGAGAGGGAGGGGGCGGAGGAGAAGGGGGGUCAGGAAGGGCGGGGGCGAGUGAGGAUGAUGAUGACAUGGCAGGGGUGGGCGGAGCUGCUGAGCUGGACAGCGACGGGAGUGACAUGGCAUUUCCGUUUGGUUCGGUUGAUCUGUCGGGGAUAGGCAUGGGCAUGGGUAUGGGCAUGGGUAUGGGCAUGGGCAUGGGCAUGGGGUUGACGGCUUUAGAUCCCCCUCCUUCCCCUCCUUCCCCUCCUUCCCCUCCUUCCCCUCCUUCCCCUCCUUCCCCUCCUUCCCCUCCUUCCCCUCCUUCCCCUCCUUCCCCUCCUUCCCCUCCUUCCCCUCCUUCCCCUCCUUCCCCUCCUUCCCCUCCUUCCCCUCCUUCCCCUCCUUCCCUCCUUCCCUCCUUCCCCUCCUUCCCCUCCUUCCCCUCCUUCCCUCCUUCCCCUCCUUCCCCUCCUUCCCCUCCUUCCCCUCCUUCCCCUCCUUCCCCUCCUUCCCCUCCUUCCCCUCCUUCCCCUCCUUCCCCUCCUUCCCCUCCUUCCCCUCCUUCCCCUCCUUCCCCUCCUUCCCCUCCUGCCCCUCCUUCCCCUCCUGCCCCUCCUUCCCCUCCUGCCCCUCCUUCCCCUCCUGCCCCUCCUUCCCCUCCUGCCCCUCCUUCCCCUCCUGCCCCUCCUUCCCCUCCUGCCCCUCCUUCCCCUCCUGCCCCUCCUUCCCCUCCUGCCCCUCCUUCCCCUCCUGCCCCUCCUUCCCCUCCUGCCCCUCCUUCCCCUCCUGCCCCUCCUUCCCCUCCUGCCCCUCCUUCCCCUCCUGCCCCUCCUUCCCCUCUUGCCCUCCCUCUCCUCUCCUCCCCCAGGCGGCCACAUGUUGGGGCUGCUGCCAGGCUCACCACCACUCAUGAAUGCUGA